AUGAAUUCACUUUCACCGUUACAGCAUUUAGAGACAGCGGCUGAGUCGGCAGCUCAGCCAACGUCGUCUCCCAUCAUCGAUGCCAGCCAAACACCGCCGUCUUCAGAUGCCGCUAACGUUACCUCCACAAGCAACAUCAGCGGUGGUAGCGCACCUCAGACCGAUCCUGUUGCAAGCACACGACAACGGGCGAGGCCGAGCGCAUCCUCUGUUGACGAUGCCGAUCAAGUAGAAAAGCAACAGCAGUCGCAACCUUCAACAGCCAGUUCCCAGGAUGACUCCAACAAUGGCAAACGCAAACCUCAACCUCCGAGCGCCGCCAAGAGGAACUGGAGACGUUUCGCCAAGCUCGUCGGCCUCGAUCCUCUCCCUGGCCUCAUCAGCUGGCUACCGCCUUGCUUUACAUGGUCCAAACUCAAGCCCGUCAUCCGUUCCGCGCUGCUCGCCUGGAUUUGCAUGCUCAUCUUCCUCAUCAACCCCUCGGAGCGCGCGCUUGGAAGCGCCUCAUUCCUCAUUCUUGUCGGCUGUUUCAUUCAGCCUGCCGAAGCACCUCUGGCUGCUGUCGUCGAACGCGAGUUCUUUACGCUGCUGUUUGUCUGCUUUGCUUGGGCCUAUUCCAUUAUCGCCACAGCCAUCGCCCACGCCGUGCGCACCAACAAGCUCACCAAAGCUGAAACCAGCAUACAACGUGUCAUCCGAGGCGACUACAUCGAAGCACGCCCCAGCAUCGUGUGCGCCGUCUUCCUCUCGGUCGGCUCGGCUGUGGCUUUGUACAUCAAGAUCCGCUUCGGUCCCAGUCCCUUCCUUUUCGCGAGUGUCUUGAGCUGCAUUCUCUUGAACAUCUGCCUGACUUAUGCACCGCUCUACCCCUAUGCAUUCUACUCGCUGGGUCAAUCGGUCGUCCUCCCUCUUGCCGCCAAAGCCGCGGUCAACAUCGCUCUCAGCAUCCUCUUUUUUCCCAAAUCCGUCAACUCGCAGUUCCUCGAACGUCUCGUUGCCGUGCUCAACCCCAUCGCAGAUGCUUGCGGCGAUCAAGUUAAGCUUUUGCACACUUCGCCGCUGGAUACUCCUUCAACUACGAAUGAAAAGGGCGCAAAUGAAAGCAGAGACGGCUUCGACUUCGAGUGCGUCAAGAACAAGCUUGCCGCUGCCGAAGGAGGUCUGGUGCCCAUGUCCAUGUCUUCGCGUCUUUUGACACGCGAGAUCUCCUUCGGUAUCGCUAAUGGGGACGACCUCAAGGCUUUGGAGCGGCUUACGCGCUCGCUCAUCGCACCCGCUGAUGGAUGGGCUUACUAUUACUCUUCGAUCAAGGCCGACAUCCAGUCAGCGCACUUUCCCAAGACGCCCGUGCCCUCACGUCUGACCACGCCCGCCAUCACACCGGCCAUCACGCCUCGAACAUCUUUUGAACAUUCUCGCGACAAUUCUGAUUUGGGGCAUGCCACUUCCCAUCACACGCAACCCAGAAAUCAAGCACAUCUUUUGCCGACACAGCUGCACCCGCCAUCGCGUCCGCAUUCGCCAGCAGGGGGAGCCGCAGCUGGCACCAGCUCGGCACCAGCUAUAGCUUCACACCAUGACGUAGCACACGCACUACCAUCAGCAUCGGGUUUCUCGACUCCUUACCGCGUAUCGCCUCUACACAGCCAACUCUUCCCGCAAGACGCUGCGUCUGGCGCCGCCACUUUCCGUCAACUCGACGAGCAUCCUUCGGUGCAACCAGGAAACGAGCUCUCUUCUUCUCGAUUCCGCAAGAUGGCCCGCUCCAUCGCCAACUCCCGCGCUUCUUCGCCGCGUCGCUCGAACGCCAAUCACAGCUCGUCCGACAAGCGCGAUCACCACCACCACUAUGCUGACAGCCGUUACCAUCAUGCGCUGGAUCGCUCGAACCAAAUGCUGUAUAACUUUGUCCACAAGCGCGAUCCGGCACCCGUGGCCAUCUGGGAGUCGAUCCGCUUCGGCAACUUGGAGACGUACCUUCACACGCCGGCGUCCAACUACAUCACCGAGAUGUUUGCGCGGCUGCUGCGCGAGACAUCGUCCGACCUGCUUACUGCGAAUGCCGAAGCGAUCCGACACAUCGUCGCCUGGUUGAAACACCUCAACUCGCACCGCUACGUCCUUUUGCGAGAUCGCUUCUUCCUCACAGUAGAACAGCGCGCCGAAAAGGGUCGCAAGCAGGCGGAAGAGACGAGCCAGGUGAUUGCAACGGUGCAGGCCAAGCUGUCCGAGUUCAGGCAGUCUCGGCGACUCAAAGUGUUAGAGCCGUACAAGGAUGCUUUGAAGGCGCACCAGGAGGGCGCGCUCAGCAACGACGAGCUGACGACCGAGCUGGAUCUGCGUACGGGUCAAGGAGAGAUUGGCAAAAUUCACCACCGAUAUCUGUACCAGGCGUGGCUGCAUCAAUUCCACACCAUCAACUUCACGGAGAAGAUGCUCGAGCUGCUUUGCGAGUUGGAGACCAUUCAAAGGCAGAGGACGAUGGCGCAGGUUUGGUUCCCACGCUGGCCGCGCAUAUUUUCAGCAGAUGUGUGGCGCAGCUCAUCCGGCGCCGCUCACGAGGCAGAUGAGCCGGAUGACGAUCCGGAGCACAUUCCGGACCUUACCAGCGAUACCCCAAAUGUGUCGAGGCAGCGGAGUCGCGAUUGCCAGACUGGAGGCGGUCAAGGUUCGUCUGGCAGUGGCAGCGGCAACCAGGGCUCAGGCGAAAAAGGCCACGCGACACCGAACGGCGGUCAAGUUCAUGCGCAUUUCGGUAGAGAUGACGGUGACAAUGACAACGGUGCCGCUGAUGGAGCCGUGUUUUUCGAUCCGAUCGUCGACCUUGGUUCUACACGUGCACGAGAUCCAGAUGCGCUCGAUCCGGAAGGCUUCUUGCAGGUUGUGGGUCACACGAUCUCUGUCUGGUCACGAAGAAUUUUCCACGGCAACACGGCAUUCGGCUUCAAAGCUGCCGUGCUCAUCGCACUCGUGUCCCUUCCCGCGUUCAUGAAGUCCACGGCAGGCUGGUGUUACGACAAUCGAGCCAUCUGGGCCAUCUUCAUGGCGCAGCUGACCCUGGCACGUUUCCGGGGCGAGACGGCCUUUGCGCUGUUGUCGCGUAUCAUUGCCACCGUCCUCGGUGCCGUGUUUGCGUUGCUCAUCUGGUACAUCUCCACAGGCGAUGGGCGCGGUAAUGCGUACGGUCUCGGUGCGACGACCGCUGUGGCAUUUCCGUUCUUGAUGCUCUUCAGGAUCUAUUUCCCAGGUCCGCCGAUCACGCCGAUCAUUACGACCGUGACGACGGCGCUCGUGGUCGGGUACAGCUGGAAGGAUGUCACAAAUCCGGUGCCCGGUGCGCCUGGAUUUGGAUGGACGACGGCGUGGAGGAGGUUCGUGACGGUAAUCAUUGGUGUUUCGGCCGCGUACAUCUUCAGUUACUUGCCGCCAACCUCGACGUUGCGGCAGUACCAGAGGUUGUCACAUGCGGCUACAAUUGCCGAGUUGGGCAGGAUCUACUGUGCUGUGGUGGGGAUUGCUAGUCAUCCGCAUCCCCAGCAGUCGGGUGGGUCGUCGUUGACGGGGGCGAGGGCGGUGCAGUCGAGGCCGGGAUCGCGUCGAGCUUCUUUGCACCAGCUCGCGGGCGAGGAGCAAACCUCUUCGGCUCGAAACCAGCAGCAACAACUUCAAGAUCUGGGAGAGCUACAGCUGGUGAAUGCGCACCCGUCGUCGGAGCUGGUGCGCAAACGCAUCAUUGCCAUCCGGGCACGGCUGCGAUGGCUGUCAAUGAUCUCGGUCAACGUUUCUUACGAGUUUUCGCUGCGAGGUCGAUGGCCGGCGGCACGGUAUCGCGAGCUGUUUGACGUGCAGAUGCAGAUCUCGAAGCUGCUGUCGCAUUGUUUGGCGGUAUUUGAGCGGUUGGGACCGGCGUAUUCGAUCGCGCUGCUGCGGAGGACGCGGUUCUUGGACCCUCGGUUCCUGGGUGAUGUGGUCAGCGUCAUCAGCAUGUGCUCUACCGCGCUCAAGACGGGUCAACCUCUACCACAGGUCACGCCCUGCCCACUCGUCGAUCGGUUCAUGGACAACCCGCACGGAUUCAACACAUACCUCCCCGACCGGGGCGCAGGCGGCGGACACGGACAAGCACACGCUACGGACGACAUGCUCGCCAGCCUGCCCGCCAAAAUCACACUCGCCACGCUGCAGGACGCAGAAUACAUGACCUUCUCCGUCGGUGUGGCCACGCUGUUCGGACUGGUGGUGCGCAUCGACAAGCUGUGUGUCGCGGUCAAGGAGCUGGUGGGCGAGAGCUAUGCCGUGCCCAUCGACGUGCAUGGCAUGAUGCAGAGGCGCGAUGGGUGA